GGAAAAGAUAUCUCCUUGUGUUGUGUAUGUGUGUACGUGAAUUUUGCUGAGUUGUUGUUUGGAACCUAGUAAACGAAACUUCCUCUGUUUCUUCUUCUUCUUCUUCUUCUUUCUCUCUAACUCGCUCUGAUUCAGUCAGUGAGAGAGGAGUGAGAAGAAAAAAAUGGAGAAAGCUCUGACAAAAGUUGGGAGCUUUUGGAUUUCCAAGAAAGCCAAGGAAGAGAUCUCCAACAUCACUGAGGACAUCUCUUCAUUCUCAAAUACUGUUGAGGAAAAGGCAAAGUGGAUAUUCAACAAGCUGAAAGGCAAGCAGCAGAAACCUUUGCCGGAUCUUCUGCGAGAGUACAACCUUCCACCUGGCCUCUUCCCCAAGAACAUAACAUGUUAUGAAUUUGAUGAAUCAAGGUCCAAGCUCAUUGUCUACUUGCCAUCUCCAGGUGAGGUCAGCUUCAAGGACUCGUCUGUUAUAAGGUAUGCGAAACGAAUCAAAGGGACACUUUCAAAGGGAAAAUUGAAUGGAAUAGAAGGAAUGAAGACAAAGGCUCUGGUGUGGGUUAAAGUCACCAGUGUUGCUGUUGAGAGCUACAAAUCUGAUAAGGUUUGGUUCACAGCCGGUAUGAAGAAAUCUAAGCCAAAAGAUGCCUAUGAAAUUCCUCGAGAUGCCAUUAAGAUUGAAGAAUAUUGAUGUCUUUCAGUCAUCAACAAUGUGUUGUAAAGUCUGUUAAGUCGUAUUUGUGACAUUAUUCUUUUUGAAUUUUGAUUGUUCCUCCCAAAAAAGCACAAUUGAUAAAGUUUUUUUAUAAAUAUAUUCAUAGAUCCGUCUCCAAUUAAUUUGGAGUGCUUACACCAAAGAUAAAAUAAAAGUAAUGGAGCUAUAGUUUGAA